ACGCUGGUUUACCCCUGGAGGAGAACCAAGAGGAAAAACAUCGGCCCGCUUCCUUCCCGCGCCAACUUUUUCCCCCACUUCGGAGACUUUGAUAAAUUGACCAGAAAAGCGUUCGAAGCCGACUUUCUCUUCUUCUUCUUCUUCUUCUUCCUCCUCUUCCUCCUCCUCUUCUUCUUCGCCUUGAUAUCUCCAUCUCCAUCUUCAUCUCUGCUUCUUCAGCUUCAUCAGCUUCAUCGUCCUUAUCGGUAUCUUCACCGUCUUUGA